AUGAAACACUUUAACCAUAGCAGUACUGGGUCAAUCCGUGAAAUGUUCUUGAGUAUAGGAGAUGUUAUAACAGAAGACUUAGUACAAGAAGUAAAUAUGGCUGAUAGUUUUGGGCUGAUGAUAGAUGAAGUAACUGAUAUUUCUUUGAUUGAACAGUUAUUUUGCUUUAUACAGUAUGUUGAUAGAGCUGGGUGCCCAACAAUUCAUUUUCUUUUUACAGCUGACCUUUUGAAGGAAUCAGAUUCGGCAGAUGCUGCAACAAUUGUAAAAGUAAUAAAAGAAAAGUUACUGAAUCUAGGGAUUGACAUAAGUAAGCUCAGAAGCCUAGCAAGAGAUGGGGCUUCUGUGAUGACUGGAAAAAAGAAUUGUGUGGCUGCACUGUUGAGAAAAGAACACCCAGGAAUUAUAAAUAUUUAUUGUAUCUGUCAUAAACUAGCACUCGCAUGUGCAGACACAAAGACAGAACUAAAAGAUAUUGAUCUGGCACAGCUGACUCUGAUACAAUUAUGGAAGUAUUUUCAAAACUCUCCGAAAAGAACUGCAGUUUACUUGAAAGUACAAGAAGGUACAAAAAAUCUCAAGCUGAAUGAAAGUUCCAGAAAAAUGGUUGCAAAGAGACUGAAAAAGGCAUGUACAACUCGCUGGCUUUCUUUUCAAACUGUUUUUGACAAUUAUGCUGCAGUUCUGCAAACCCUAAGUCAGUUAAGUGAGAAAGACACUGCAGCCUAUGGAUUGUUAAAGAGGAUGAAGAAAACAAGAUUUCUUGGAACACUUUACAUCUUAAAAUGCAUACUUCCACCCUUAUCAAAAUUAUCAAAGAUUUUUCAAACAGAGAGAACUGAUGCAGAAUUCAGAUAUUAUGGUGUAACAUCAUUAGACAGCUUAAUGGAUUCGUUCUAUCCUAACAUCGAAAAAGACGAGAAAAAUGAAAAAGUUACUGAAUGGAAUAAGAUCAAGUACAAUAUGCUAGAAUGGAAAAAAGAUGAUAAUAGAUAA